CCCCCUCCUUGAGCUAGCUCAAUUAUAACACCACUGCUAGCAGCCUCAUCACCCAGCUGCCCUCGGCACUCUUUCCUCUCCCUCACACUACACACACCACCAUCAUCAUCGUCAACGAGCUCGCCGCGUGCCGGUGGCCAUGGAGAAGUGCAGAUCGGUGCCGCACGAGCACGCCACGGCGGCGUACUAUGGGUGCGGCGGCGGGUACGACUACGAGGACGUGAGCCGGGGCACGUCGGUGAAGUCGUACAGCUUCAACGGCCCCAGCGCCGGCGAGGACCCGGAGGCGAAGCGGCGGCGGCGGGUGGCGUCCUACAACGUGUUCGCGUCGCAGGCCCGGCUCAAGUCCUCCGUCCGCGGCAGCUUCAAGUGGCUCAAGUCCAAGCUCUCCGACGUCCGCUACGGUGGCCUCUGAACUUUACUGCCCUGAACCUCCAACCUCCAAGUUCCAACGUGCCCUCCAUGAACUGAACCUCUCUCCCUAUAUACAUAUGUAUGCAUAUGCAUGAAGAAGUGUGUAUGUGUGUGUACUACGGCUACGGCUACUGGCCAAGUUGCUGCACAUAUAUGUGUGUACUGUUUAAUUACAUGCCGUAUUUAUGCAUGUAUGAACUGCUGCUGUGUGUGUGUGUGUGUGUGUGUGUGUGUGUGAUGCGAAGUUGCUGCAUGGUUAACUGCUAGAUCCAUCCAUGGAUCGGUCUAUGUGUUUUUGGUUGCCUUUUUGAGAGACUAAGAAUAUCCUGCUUAAGUUGCAGAUCAAGUUGUAUCAAGCCAUGUUCUCUGUUUUUCCUCUGUGAAAAUUCCGUCCUCUGUUUUUAUUA